UGGCGCAUCUAGAGAGUGGAGAUGCUCCGUUCCAGGUGCUCUUAAAGACAAAAUUAUUGUUCAAUUAAAAAUGGGGAGAGAGGUUGGAGGAGACGAGACGAGACCAGACGAGACACUGACAUGGAACCAUCCCGCAUUAACUACACAACAACAGACUAGACUAUACUAGACUACUCUACUGCCUCCACAAGAAACGCCAUUAAUGGAGGACCACAAGAAUUCGCCGGAAAUUGGCCGGAGGAAGAAACCGGCGGUGAGAAUCGGCGGCGGUACAAACAUUGGAGCUGUGUUUCUGUUGGGCGGCGCGUUGGCCACCGCCGCCUUUGUGUCAAUUUUCGUCAGGAAUAAGGGCUGGAGCUUCGGCAAGGACCGCCGUCGCCGCUGUCGGAGUAAGGGCUCGCCGGACGGUGGUCGCAACUCGGUUUUUCUGGAUAAGUCCUCAGAUUCAGACGAACUUCCUUCCAGAGGAGAGACAGACCAGGCUGAGCCGCCGCCGGAGAAUACUACCGACAGCUCGACGCAUCUGGAGCAGGAAGUGGAAAACUCAAAGGUCGACGUUAAUGGCGGAACAGUGCUUGAAAACGGCGUCGUUUCAGGGGAGAAGGUUUUUCCUUUAUUGAGCGAGCAUGGAGACUCAAUUCUUGAAGGUGAAAUCGAACCCGAACCUGAAAUUCCAUUAGUGAAACAGGAUGAUGAAGGUGAAAUCGAAAUGGAAAUUCCAUUAUCGAAACAGGAUGUCGAAGAAGGUGAAAUCGAAAUGGAAAUUCCAUUACAGAGACAGGACGAUGAAGGUGAAAUCGAAAUGGAAAUUCCAUUGCUGAAACAGGAUGUUGAAGAAGGUGAGAUCGAAAUCGAAAUUCCAUUAGUGAAACAGGAUGAUGACUCCUACGAAUCCACAGAAGAAAACAAGAGCUUUGAUGAAGUUAUUACAGAGGAAAGUGUUGGCGAUCAUAGAGAGAAAUCUGAGGCAGCAGCCAUUGCUGUUGAUCAAAGAGCCCUUGUAGUAAUUGAUAGUGAUGAUUGUUUGGAGAGUGACAAGAAUUUGAACAUGGAAGAUGACAAAGUUAGAGAAGCCAUUGAGAACAAAACUGAGAAUUGUGAAGAUGGAGAAGGAGCUGAUCCACCGGCCAUGUCCGGCGACGGCGAAGAUGAAGAAGAAGAAGAAGUAAUUGAAGUAAGUCACGGAGAUUUGGUGGGAUGGAACGACGACGAAUUAGUUGAGAAACAAGAAGUUUGUGAUGAUGCCGGAAAUCGCGGCGAAGAUAACAUAAACAUCGAUAACUAUGAUAUGGAGAGUGUCAAUUGUGAAGUAAAAGAAGAAGACAUUCAAGAAAAUGCCAUUGCUCAAUGUCGGGAGCUCGAAGAUGAAGAUGAAAUCGAAGAAUCCAUCGAAGAAGAAGAUGAAAGCCUAGAUGAGUUGAAGGACACAUCGUCUUCAUCGUCAAUUGCUGCCAUUGACGGCGGCGGAGUAGAGGAAGUUGCAGAGAUCAGCCCAUCAUCAUCAUCAAUGGAGCAAGCAGGACAUGAGGUUGCUGCAAAAGUUCAACAAGACAAUUCACGAGAGGCCAUUGUAUCGAACAAGUUGUCGUCUACGUCUACGAUGAUGAAGUUGCAGGCAAAGCUGAAAUGGCAGCCGAUGACGAUGACGGCGACGGUGGUGAUCGGAGCACUGUCGGCGCUCUCGUCUCUGUCCUGCUCCUGGUUCUUCGGCGGCUCCUUUGCCAAGCUCUGCGCCAUCUUCUUCUUUGCCAAGCUCUGCGCCAUCUUCUUCUUUGCCAUCGUUCUAUCUAAAAUCCAUGCCUAAUUAAUUUAUAAAUGAAUCAUAGUUGUACUUUUAUGUCAACUUGUUUCUACUAAUAAUAAAAAUUUGAGAUGAAUUUCUACGAAUAAUAA